AUGCUAAAGACUUUACAACAACAACUAUGUUAUAUGGCCCCAAGAUGCCGAUGUUACCUAACAACUUCAACAAAGUCAAAAAGCCCACUACCGGAUCCCAUACCAGCUAACACAGACAGUAAAAUACUAAAUAGAUUAAAACCUAUUCAACCAAAUGAUUUAUAUGUUUCAUGCACUGUAUUUGAUUCGAAAGGUAGAAUAACAGCAGUUUCAAAAAAAUUCCCCAAAGUUCAAUUCCUAAAAGAAAAUCACUUAUUUCCAAGAGACUUAAGAAAAAUCGAUACUUCAUCAAUUGAUGUUGUUCCAAUGAUAAUGAUACGGCCUUCCAAUGCUAUUUUAGUCAAUCUACUAUACAUAAAAGCGAUCAUAAAAAAGAACUCAGUAAUGGUAUUUGACACAUCGAAUAGUGAAGUAGCUUCUAAGUUGGGAGUAUUCAUGUAUGAUUUGGAAUUAAAAUUAAAAUCAAAUACAACCACGUACGAGUUCAAGGCAUUAGAACUGAUGUUAGUCAGUGUGAUGAGCUACCUUGAGGCCGAAAUCAAAACUUAUUUACAGAGCUGUGGGCAAGUGCUAUCAGAAUUGGAGAAUGAAGUAGAUAGAAAAAAGUUACAAGAGUUAUUAAUACGAUCGAAGCAGUUAUCAUCAUUUCAUCAAAAGGCUGUAUUGAUUCGUGAUGUUUUGGAGGAAUUACUUGAAAAUGAUGAAGAUUUAGCUGGGAUGUUUUUGAGUAAUCCAAAUGCGCGGUCGUUUGACGAAUUAGAGAUGAUACUUGAAAGUUAUUACCGACAAUGUGAUGAAUUUGUUCAACAAGCCGGUAGUUUGUUGAAUGAUAUAAAAGCAACUGAGGAAAUUGUAAAUAUUAUAUUGGAUGCUAAUAGAAAUUCUUUAAUGUUGUUUGAAUUAAAAGUUACUGUAUAUACUUUGGGAAUAACUGUUGCAACGUUAUUACCGGCAUUCUACGGAAUGAAUUUGAAAAAUUACAUCGAAGAUUCAAAUUUAGGUUUUGGAGCUAUUGUUGUAUUUUCAGUGAUACAGGGCUUACUCAUUACGUGGUUCAAUUUCAAAAAAUUACAUAAGGUUCAAAAAUUGACUAUGAUGGGUACCAAUGAUAAUCCAACUAAAAACGUUACCUCCUACGAAAAAUCAAUUAAAAAAGAUAGUCUGUUGCUAUACAGAAUUAUAUUCGGCGGUGGUUCAUAUAGAAGAAGGAAGUUAGAUAGACCAACUAAAAAAGAUCAGGAUGUAAUUUGGAGAAUGAUUAAUGACGAGAAGACAAGAAAUUAA